AUGCCCCGACGCACUAUCCCACAGUUAGGCAGUCAAGUUGCGUGUGACCUUUGUACAUAUCGUACUUGUGUCCUUCGGGCUGAUACCUACAGGUUUGUGACUACUCGUCCGUUACCGUAACCCGAAGAGGGAGCUCCAAUCGGCUUGUCCCGGAUUAACACGAGGUGGUUAUUACACAAAACUACGUCCUGCAUCUCAACGCGAUUGCUCGAUCUGGGUGAUGAGGAAGCCCUUGUUGAGCGUUCGUAACACGUUCAUUAGAAAGCACCGACACACAGCGUGACACACAGCUCACAUGAACUUCGUCAGUAUCAUCGGACACAGUUUCAGUAAUCUAUCGUUUCCAUGGUAACGAAAAUGAUUGAGCUGUUCACCUGUGUCACCUUGACAUUAAUACCUGACUUAUCUACCUGGGCCGUUGACUGAACAUUGCCUUGACGUCCGUGGGGAUUAUCUCGUAUUUUGACACAAUGGUAUGCCGGAGAAACAGACGUCUAUUGUUCUGGACAUCCGCAGUCUUGUGUGUGUUUCUAAUAUGGAGCACGCUCACAAACGUCUUCAGAGCAAACAGAAAAGUCAAAGCGUCCCAGACGACUUGCCUCGUAUUCAAGUAUGGUUUCUUCGAUUUCAAGGUUCGAAAAUGACACAUCAUCGCUUCUUGUAUGGCCAAACGGCGAGGACAACCACCCAUAUUUCCUGUCCCCUGUGUUGCAGUUCCCAAAUGACAAAUUUCGCCAGAAGACACGUUAUAAUCUCACGGGCGUUGAAAAAAUAUUCACACAAAAUAAGACAGACGAGAAACUGAUCAUUAUAUACAACAUGCCUUCAUGGCAUACGUUUGAGACGAGGUACAAGGACAGUUUGGAGAACUGCCGAUUGCAAAAUUGUAGAUUAUCAGGUGACCAUAAACUUCUCCCUCAAGCCGAUGCUGUCGUCUUUUAUGUCCUGUCGAUUGAUAAUGAUACUCCACCACCAAAACCAGCCAAUCAGAUGUGGAUAUUUUUUGCACACGAGGCUCCAUGGGACUUCAAUAGAUGGAAUGAUCGGUUUAAUUGGACGAUGACGUUCAGAUAUGACUCCGAUAUUGUAUGCCCGUAUUUCGUGCUCCUGCCUAAACCAACAGCGGAUGUUCGAGAUUUUCAGUCGAUCACUGAGAAGAAAAGUAAACCCGUCAUGUGGUUGGUAAGUCAUUGCAAUGCUCGGUCAAAACGCGACGACUACGUGAAAAAACUCCAGCAAUUCAUCAGCGUUGAUAUAUAUGGUGGAUGUGGACCCCUCAAGUGUGGAAACUCCGGACCUAACAGCUGUAAUAAUCUACAACAAACGACAUACAAGUUUUAUUUGGCGCUUGAGAAUUCACUGUGUCGAGGCUACCUGACAGAAAAGGUGUUUAGGAGCUACAGUUUGGAUAUUAUCCCCGUGGUUAGGGGUGGGGCCAGCUAUGGAAACCUUCUUCCUAAGGGCACGUACAUCGACACAGCCGAUUUUUCAUCUCCAGAGAAACUUGCCGAUCAUUUGAAAUAUUUAGAUUCCAAUAAUACGGCAUAUGCUGAAAUAUUGAGGCGGAAAUCACAGUAUACUAUCACAGAUCCGAAGUCAACAUUAGAUUCAUCGUUGUGUGAUAUUUGUGUGAAACUUCAUGAUUUAGAGAGAUUCGGAAAUACUUACCAUGAUGUGAAUAAAUGGUGGAACACUGAUAGCUGUUCCAGUGCCACGGAUUUCUGAAGUGAAGAUGGACUGACCUGCACACCAUGGACGCCUUAACAUUCACGAUGUAUUCAGUUGAAAUGAUGUGGACGUUUCAUUUGAGAUGGAAGAUUUUGCACGACUACAAGGACUGGAUCAUCGGCAAACUGUGGACGUUAUAUUGAAUCGUCUCACCAUGCAACGAUGUGUAUUGUUGCGAAGACUCGUUCCACUACAAGAUAUGGACAUUUGUGGUCAGUUGACCAUGUAACUGUGUGUAUUGUUGUUACGAAGACUCGUUCCACUACAAGAUAUGAGACGUGGGGUCAGCUGACCAUGAAGCUGUGUGUAUUGUUAGUGAGACUCGUUCCACUUCAAGUGUCUGUUAUGGAGCAUAUUAUAUUUCUUUUCUCGUACACUUAAUCAACAUUGUAAAGUAUGUUGUAUAUGUGUGUGCGUGCGUGCGUGCGUGCGUGCGUGUAUGUGUGGCAUUUCCAGUAGGAUACGUACUGAAAGUCGGACCAGUAAUUGAUUCUCUUUCGUCUUUUAUUGAAUUUCCUCUUUCACAAGGCUCCCUUCAUAGCACUGCUUAAUUCCCUGAUGUUCGUGUGGUUACAGUUAUAAUGUACUCAGUCCCCGUGUUUGUCAAUUCGGUGCUAUUCCCAAUAACCCCCGGGAUAAACAAUUAUAAACGUUAAUGCAAUACUAGUAUGUGAAAGCCAGAGUGGGCCUUAAGAAGGUAUAUUUUUACCAAGAUCUCAGAUUGUUGUUGUGUUUGUCUGUCUGUCUGCUUGUCCUUUUGUAUGUAUCUUUGUAGGGCAUGGUUCAAUGUACCGAAAGGGUUUGUUGGCUAUGUGUAAUGAAAUGAAAAUAUGUCUCCUGUGAACAGAAAGCUAGACACAGUGGUACUGGUAUGCACGCUUUGGACACUUUAACAAACCAGAAGUCAUUUAUAAAUAACUGUGCUUCCUCAUAUAAACAGUGGGCAAUAUUCAGGUUAUAUCACGGUAGUUUGUAGUUACCAAGGCAACAGAGUGGUUGAUGGCAUGAUGAACCAUUAUUUAAGCAAUUAUAUUUUACAUUUUAGAACACGAUACA